CAAACAGAAUCACCCAACCACUAGAGGUGAUCUCCGAAAUCGGCUUUCUUUUCUCAGUGGCAUUUGGACCGCAUCUCGAAACGCAUCGAUCACGAGGGCGCGGUACACAACACCCCUCGUGUUUCGUGCUCCGGAAAUAUUUUUCACUUUCGUUUUUUCGCGGUGCCUCUGUGAUUCUACUUGUGAAGAGAAUCUGCCAUUGUUCAAGCUAUCGAAGUUUUGUGAAUUUUUGGUGAGGAAAGCGCCCCCUUCGGAAUUGUGAGAAGAUUUGUGAGAAAAUUGGGAUCGAAUUGUGGUGAAAUCACGAUUUAAUCGGAUCAAUAUUAAUAUUCGUGAAUAUAUUGCAUUAUAUUUAGAAUACUUUUGUUAUAUCGAUUAUUUUACGGAGUAUAUUUUGUGGAGUUACAAUUAAUUUAGAAGAUAUUUUUUUUACUUCGUCACUACGACUUGUUGUCUAGAAAUCGUUGCACGCCUAUUUUUGCACAAUCAUCAAAUUUAUCAUCGUUACCAUGUUCAUUGUCAGAGAUAUUAUCAUGAUCUAUUACGCAGUUUGGAAUUUAUAAUAUCUAUGAUGACGAGGUAAAGGAGCGAAGACAUUUGAAGAAAAAUUAUCAUUAAUCAAGAAUUUUCUCUAUCGAAAUUUUCUUCAAUUUUCUCGACACGAGCCUGUGAUGACCUAAGAAGGAUCUGUUCUUAUUGAACGGAAAUUGAAACUUUUUAAAAAAAGGAUUGAAUUUUGUUGUGGACAUAUUUGAAACAGUGCUGCAAGAAAAAAAAGUGAAAAAAGUAGAAGGAAUAUAAUAUGAUGUUGGGAAGCUACGAGGCGCAGCCGGAUUACUAUCCGCAAUGGCAUCAACCCUAUAAUUAUGUUACACAAUUACCGUAUGGUCCGUUGAACAUGCCAGAUGCGGAUAGCCAAUCGACGUACUGGGGCGCGGAUUCCGGGAUUUCUGGGGGUAGUUCUGGCGCAGGAAGUCCCACCGCCUCAACACCUCCCUUGAUCGAAGAGAUUGGUGUCCAGGAACCGAGUUACUCCCCACUACAACAAUACCCGCAAACUUCGAUGAACCAACACUAUUCCAAUCUAACUUAUCCACCCCAACAAGACGUCCCUCAUCACCAUUUUCACCAUCAUCAUCAUAAUCAUCAUCAACAAAAUCAUAGAAGAGAUAACGAUUAUUCCACGGUCUCCUCGAUAAACCAAGUCGAUGGCUCGCUUCAACAACAUCUUAGACAAGGAGUCAGAGACGGUGGCGUAGUUGUCAGGCCUAAAAGAAGAAACACGGCGAACAAGAAAGAAAGAAGACGAACACAGAGCAUAAAUAACGCGUUUGCCGACCUUCGUGAUUGUAUACCGAAUGUACCGGCAGAUACGAAGUUAUCGAAAAUUAAGACGUUGAGACUAGCAGCUUCGUAUAUUGGAUACUUGAUGGCGGUAUUGGAGAGUGACGAGGGAGAGGAACCGCAAACUUUUCGCGCCGAGAUAUUGUCCAAUGGCAGGAGGAACAAGACGGUUCAAGCAAAUCAGAAUGAAUCGUAUUUACACCAGACAGGUGUAGGAACCGAGGAAUCAUCGAAAAGCAAAGGACGAACUGGUUGGCCGCAACAUAUGUGGGCCCUCGAAUUGAAGCAGGAAUCGCCUACAAACCAGAUGCAAUAAAAUUACUGAUCUCUAUCUAUUUUUGACGCAGUGGCUUCUGUUCUACUGUGAUUAUCAAGAAACGAAUCAAAUGUAAGGUUAGAUCAAAGUUGGUAGCGAGCCAGGAAAUUUCAGAACAAUUUUCGAUUAUUCUUGACUUUUCCUAGCUAUUUAUUAGAUAUUUAAAAAAAUUUUUUCAUUUUUCAAUCAACGAAAUAUUAUAUAAUAAUAAGCUAAAAUUAAUUUAUUUACAUAAUUAUAAAAUAAGAUUAAUUAGUGGAAAAAUUGAAACAAAUAGAAUAUUAACCCUGUAAUACUAUAUUUAAAUACAUAAUCCUGAUAACAUUAUAUUUGGAAAUUCUUAUAACAAGUAUUCUCAUCGCAAAAAUAAAUAAAAAUAGAAUUUGAAUGAUCAAAACAAAAAUUUUAUUAAUAAAAGAAUCAAUUUCAAUAAAUUCAGAUUUAUUAUUGAAUAAUCUUUAUCUUUUGCAUGAUAAAUAAUUACCAAGAUGUAUAUUGUAUUUCAGGGUUAAUAAAAUAGUCUGAUAUUGUGUUAACUGAAAUAUUUUUGACACAAGUAUGAGAGAGUAAAAAAAGAUAAAUUUUUUAUGUCUUCACAUUCGUUUUUUCCCUCUUUUUUUAAAUUCAUUUUAUUUGAAGAUCUUUCACAUUUUUCAAUUACUUUUAAUUUAUUACAUUGAACAAUUAUAAAUUCAUUAUAUAAAUUGAGUAGAAUCUUUUAAUCUUCUCUCACAAUCAAAAUUGGUAGAUCAUUGUUUUUGUUUAAACAAGAAAACGUCGAUAAGUCUGUUGUAAAAUACAAGCGAUCGUUUGUAAAUACGCGUCUGUGAGUAUAGAUUAUGCGUGUAAAUAGAAGUAUCUGAUUUCUUAUUUCAUAAUAAUUUACAUCGGCCCUUUAUUAUUUGUCCACAUCUUAUUCUUCGUUGAAUUUCUUAUAAUUUAAAGAUCACACAAUUUAAUAGUUUCUUCUUCAUGUUUUGAAAAAUUUUAUUUCUUUUAUCGUUAUAAAUUCAUAUAAUUCAAUUUAUUUCCAAUUUUAUAUAAUUCAUUAUAUAAUUUUCAAUCAUCAAUCAUUGUGAACUUGAUCAUGAAAGAUUUAAAAAAAAAGAAGAUUCAAUUUAAUUAAUGAUAUUAUCUUGUAGCAAAACAAGGUUAAUAAAGUAUAUCAAGAAUUUUAUUAAUAAAUUGAUGAAAAAUGUAAUAAAAUGUAAUAUAAUAACGCUCAGUUGAAAGUUGUAUUAUGUCUAAAUAUAUUCUACUCUAUAGAUCUAAGCAAAAUGAUCUGUUUAAGAUGCUUGUAAACUUUUGUAUAAACUACUUAUCUUAGCAAUGUAUAAAAAGUCACUAGUAAUAAAUAGAAUACACGAUAAUUCAAUUAUUUUCUAUUCCUUUCAAUAAACUGUUAAAAAUCUUCAAUAAAUAUGUUGAAAUAAAUUUUUACUUCAUCUUUAAUUUGUCAAAAAAUGUUUUUCUUAGUUAGGACGUGAAAAAGGAUUAUUGUAGUAAUAGUAAGUUUUGAAUUUUUUUCAAUUUAAUUGCGCCAUUAUUUGGUUGUUACUUUUCAUAAUUGUUAUACAUAUAUGUUUUCACAUACGAUGAGAUAUAUCGUGUAUUCAUUUUCAUUAAAACAUCAUGAAUGAACAAGCUUUAAUUAUACUUGAUAAUAUGUAUUUAUUCAGUUUCAUUAUUUCGUUUGUAAUCAUUAUGCUGGAUAUGAAAUAAACGAACAGUUGUGUGAUGACUAAUGGAAA